AUGCAUACCUUCAAGUUGUGGAAUCCUGCAAAGAAUGAAAAACUACAAGAUUUUUUUUUUUUGCAAGAGGUGCAGACGGGAAAACUCUGGUUAUCUAGAGGAGAGCAUGAAAUGGGGGUCAAACAUCUCAGCAAUGCCCUUUUAGUGUAUGGGCAACCAUAGCAUCUUCUGAAGGUUUACAAACAAACAUUCCCUCCUGAGGUAUUUGAGAUGCUAUUGCUCAAAAUUCCCCUUAUUUUCCAGCAAUUUGAGGCAGAUAUGAAUGAACAGAAGUAUUUGAAGGAUGAUCCUGAUUAA